AUGUAUUAUGGCUUUAUCGAAACUAACGCUCAACACAACGGCGGCUCCGCAGCGGCCGCCGCCACCACUUCAUCACCGCAUUCAUCGACCACUAAUACCGCCGCCGCCGCGACGGCACACAAAUUGCUCAACAAAAAGGGUACCGACGGUCGACACAAAGCGGCCAAAGAACUCAAAAAACUCAAUAAACACGGCUCCUUGUCGUCGUCGACGCUCACCACUACUACUGACCACCGCUCACGUCAUUCCGACCCACCGCUCAUCACUCUAUCGAACAAUACGUUGGCCGACAAAACACCGGAGCCGACGGCCAAUGAUUCGCGCAAACGUUCAUCACUACCGCCGCCGCAGUCGAAGCGAAGAUCUCGCUCUACGAGCGGUAGCCGUCGCUCGUCAGUGAACUCUCGCCGCGACAGCGCCUCUGCCUCCGCAGCCAUCGUCGCCAUCACCGCUGAAGACAAUACAAAUUCCGAUCCUAUGAGAGGAGCGCCGGAUCCGACAGUCAGCCGACGAGUUUCAUCAGAAUCUGAAAAUUCUGUCCACAUUUCUGAUCCAAUGCUUGUGAACAAAAAGCCCGAAAACUAUUGCUCUGACUUCGAUAGCCUCUCCUCUCAGGACUCCUCGGCCAACGGCCAGUCCUCGCAAGCGGUCGCCGCCGACAACGAGAAUCAGUUGUCGGCGACAAACCAUUCGCUCAAUAAUCAAACCAAUGAUAAGACCAUAAAUACUAACACUAAUACCGCUAACGAUAAUCAUAAGCAACUCAAUUACGAGCCGCAAGUGGUGUUAGAGCGGCUGCCGAAGUAUAAAUUCAAGCGACUCCUGUCCGAUAGCUAUAAGGCCUCGUAUGAGAUCAUUAAGUGCGGCGCCAGUGAUAGUGUGACCAAUAGUCAGGCCAUUAUUGGCGACAAUAAUAGCGAGAUGUUGAACGAGAUAAUAGGCAAAAGCGAUUUGAAUAAUAAUCAUACCAUUAGUGAUGAGAGUAACGCCGGCGUUGAGUCCGCUGACCAGUCGAAGACUAUUGUCGAUAGGGUUGUGUCCGCUUUGAGUUCAGCGCAGAGUAAGGGACUGCCUAUUGAUGAUGUGAUACCAGUCGAGUCCAUUCCGCUCCCACCCGAGCCCUUCCCACUCGUUGCCACUCCAGAGCCGCCGCCCCCGCUGUCCGACACUCUCUCAGACACCGACAACGAUCGCGGCGUCGAACCGAUAGUCUGUUCGCCAAUUGUCGCCUCAACUGUUGCCGCCGUCGAUGAAGAUGUUGGCCAACGAUCACCCGAACAACAGCGACAACAAUCUCAUGACAGCGCCAUCGAAACUGCGGUCAACUCUAUUGCCAUUGAAUUGGAUGGCGAGUUGUCGCCUAACAGAUCCGUCGAGAUCUCUGUCGAAGACUCUGUCGAGCAAACGGUCGCCACAACCGACUCGUCAGCCGCUGCUGAAGAAGCGAUGAACAAAAGUAUUUCAGUUAUGGCUCAAGAGAUCAGAGACCAGUUGAGAGAAGAGGACAGUGAAGAGAUAAUUACCACCGAAGAAGUCGGCGAAGUUGUAAAUACCACUGAAGAGGAGUUGAUCACUGCUGACGAUCUCGACGAUGAUAUACACACCGCUGAUGAGAUCACCACUGAAGAGGUAUUUGAAGAGAUAAUAACCGGAGAUGUGGUGAACGAAGAUCUCGUUAUGAUUACCGAAGAGAUCAGCGAACAAGUGAUCGACUCAGACGAGGCUAACGAAGAAGUGAUGACCACUGAAGAGGUUAAUGAGGAGAUAAUAACCGACACAGAGAUCACCGAAACGGUGGUUAACAACGACUCGUCAGAGUUGGAGACCAACGAAGAACUGAUUACCGCUGAUUCGUAUGAAGUGAUUGUCGAAAUGGACGCAAAACAAGAUAACGAUAAUAUUGAUGGCAGCGAAACGCCUGCCGAAGAGGUGGGAACAGAUGUCGACCAACAAAUAGUGAUAGAUGUGAACGACAAAGAUGUGAUGGACACCGAAACGGAGGGCGAAGUGAUCACUGCUAUACCAGUGGACGAGAACGGCAACGAACUCGACAUCGAAAGAGACAUAAUGUUUGUCAUAUCAGACGAUAUCGUUGUCGACGAUAGUGUCGGCGAAAACAGCGCCGAAGAGUCGCCUAAAGACUUAGCAGUAGUAGAAGUGGCCGUCGAUUACGGCAACGAACCCGAAAUGGACGCCACAGAGACGGCUGCGGCUAUCGCUGGCAUUGACGAAGAGCUGGUCGCCGGCAAAGACACCACUACUGCCGACAGAGUGUCCGAAAGUGAUUUACACCAUAACUCGAGAUCAUUUGAAGAGCUGGACUCAGAACAGCCGACACCACUGCAGGACGAGGCGUACGACACGUCUGCCGGCGAUCGGACACCACUGCUCGACGAGCGCUACGACGGAGACCAGACACCGGUGCGCGACGAACCCCAAGACACUUACGACAAGAACUGUUUGAGCGACAGUAGUGUCGCCCCAUCGCCGGCCAUCGAUGUCAUCACGAAAGACAUCAUAGAUAGCGGUCAGUUAACGCCUGCGGCCGACUCAGUGGUUAACAACGACGACUCGAUUGACGCCAAUCUUGUGGUGAGACAACCGUCGCUGUCCGUCGAGUCGGUCGACGACCGCUCUCUGGACGACCAGCAGUCGGCGAGUGGCGGCCCAGAAGUGGACAAACAAUUACUGUUUGACAACACAUUGCGCGAAGAAGUCGUAGAGAAACAGACUCUCGGAAAG